AUGCUCCUGCUCCAUCAGACUGGCGCUGUCCGGGUCGGUGAGGUCGUGAGAUAUACUGUAACCUAUACCCCUAGCCUCGACCGCAUCCUUCCGCCCCCGACACACUUGCACGUGAAGAUCAAGAACACGGUUGCUGCACCUCUCCGUGCUGCCUAUCUCCAUGGGCCUUACACUCUAUACGUGGCGUGCUACCCGUCCACAUUCGAUCCGUACAAGAAACAUGAAGCUGCCGACACGGAAGGCGUACCGUACUUUGAACCGCAGUUGAAGGCCGGUGGGCAGUGGAACGCGAAACUCACGGUCCCCGAGCAUGUCAGAGAAGAUGCCCAGAGACAGAGCAUCGACGUACGACGCGGAGAUCGAGGGGGAAGUGAGCGGAAAAGCUUCACCUGGAUCAUCGAAAUUGCCUCGCAGGUGAUCUUUUCCAAGACCGCGAGCGUGGACUAUGAAGUCCUCGUGGGACGCGAUGAGAAGUCCGUGGAACUGGGGUUCCAUGGUGUCAUUGGAUCGGGCCAAGGUGCACCAGGUCGACUCGAAGACCAUCAACAGGCUCGGUCGCAAAAAGCCACCUCUCCGCAGCACCCGAGGGGCGUCUUCUCCAAGGCAGUCCGACUGGUGGUCGAUGACACCCACAGCCUCUGGAACACUCCUCCCUUUCCCGAGUGGGAGGAGGAGGCCGACGGGCAAACCAAAGUCCGGGUGGAACAGGGGCCCCAGCACGGCGACAAGAGAGAUGCUGACGCCAAACCGGAGAAGACGCAGAGGAAGCAGAAGAAGAUCCACCUGGUCCUUCUCACCCAUGGCAUUCACAGCAAUGUGGGUGCGGACAUGUUGUUUAUGAAGGAGAGCAUCGACACGGCCGCGAGGCAGGCGAGGGAAGACGCCAAAAGGAGGCGGGCCGAGCUUAGGGCUCGACGUGUGGCCCGGGAGAAUGAAUUCGGGCGAGAUGCUCUAGGACAGCGAUCACAAUCCAUGCCGGACAUUACGAGAGCCGGGGAUCUUCCUCCUGAAGCUGCUAACCCUGUUGACUUGGAGGAGGGUCAUCAGGAGGAGGAAGAUGAGGAAGACGAAGAAGAAAUCUACGUACGAGGCUUCACCGGCAACACCAUGAAGACCGAAAGAGGCAUCCAGUAUCUGGGCAAGCGUUUCGCCAAAUACGUCCUCUCCAUCACCUAUCCGGACCAACCGUACUUACCGGUCAAGUCGUCCAUGGGGAAGUCCCUCUCACAAUCUCUAGCAUCAUCCUUGUCCAAUAAACCAAGCCCGCAAGACCAGGGCAGCACGCAACCGGCACAUAAAAACAGCAGCAUCAUCAAAGACGAAAAUCACCGAGCUCACAAGCUGCCGUACCGCAUCACCUCCAUCAGUUUCAUCAGCCACAGCCUGGGCGGGUUAAUACAAACGUACGCCAUCGCGUACAUCCAGAAGCAUUCUCCCGAGUUCUUCAACCUGAUCAAACCGAUCAAUUUCGUCGCCAUGGCCACACCAUUUCUGGGCCUGAGCAACGAGAAUCCCAUCUACGUCAAGUUUGCCCUGGAUUUUGGCUUGGUUGGGAGGACCGGCCAGGACCUGGGUCUGACGUGGAGGCCGCCAACGUUGGCGAAGAGCGGCUGGGGAGCUGUGGUGGCUGGAUUCACGAACGAGUCUCACAAAAGCGGCCCAGGAAAGGAGUCUGAUCCGGGGGCCAAACCUUUACUGCGGAUUCUGCCCACGGGACCAGCGCAUGUGGCGUUGAAGAAGUUCCGAAAUCGCACCGUCUACUCCAACGUGGUCAAUGACGGGAUUGUGCCUUUGAGAACGUCCUGCCUGCUGUUCUUGGACUGGCGAGGGCUGGGUCGCGUGGAAAAGGCCAGACGAGAAAGCGGCCUGGUCGGGACCAUGGUGGGAUGGGGUUGGGCUGAAAUGACGGGACAAAAUGCCAGCGACCCUAGAAAGGCGCUGACCUGGAACAACUUGUUCAGCGACAGUGGCGAGGACGUGAGCGCCCACAAGUCCGGCAAAUCGACCCCGGAUCCCGAAUCGAAAGUGCCGCAGGCGGAGACCAGCGAAGGCUUCGAUCACGACCAGCGAGCGCCCGAACCGGAAGAGAGUCAGUUCCUGGAGAAGAAGGACAGCCUGUCGUCGGAACGGUCGACAAACGCCGCCGAAGUACGAUCAACAUCCGCACCGAACUUGUGGACAGAACUGUUGAACUUCUUCAAGCCACAUGCCGGACAGCGAAAGUCACCACCGGGCAGUCCGCCCAAGAGUCCGAGGAAGACGCAGAAGAUCUACCGACGAGGGCAGACAAUGUAUCACCAGCAAGAGCAACAAGACUCUGGCGAAGCGUCACAAGAAAUCCCUCAAGCAGAAAGCAAUGGAAAUGCCGAGAGGGGUGUGGUCCGCGGCGCAUCAUUAUAUACCAACAGUUCCCAGGACGGCGGCGCCGGCGACGUCGAGGCGCCUCCCAAAACUACCUUUUUCGAGUCGGCAGGAGAUCUCCUCAACCCACCACUGCCCCCGAAGGACUUCAUCCUUGAUCCUGCGGCUCGCCCGAGGACGAUUUUCCAUGACCGUGUGUAUCACCCACAAGACAUCCCUCCGCCGCCAGCGAAACGGCAGCGGACUUUUGGAAUCAAGCGCUCCGCAUCGAGCAUUGGGUCUCAGUCAUCAUCCUCUCAACUCCCAUCCGCGCCGGCUUCUCCCUCUGAUGCUCGCCGCCCUUCCUCGGGACACUCUCCAGACAAUCCCACGGAUGCUAGUCAGGCACCACAACAGUCUCAGGCUCAAGAGGUCGGUGCCAUGAAAAUCGAGGAGAAAAUUGCUCGUGCCUACCAUAAAGAUCUGUCGUGGCGUAAGGUUUUGGUGCGGCUCGAGCCUGAUGCGCACAACAACAUGGUGGUCCGCCGGAUGUUUGCGAAUGCGUACGGGUGGCCGGUUGUGCGGCACCUGUGUGAUACACAUUUCGGGUACACGGCGGCGGCGAGGACCAGAGAUGAAGAUGAAGAGAAUGUGGAAAGAGCAGUGGGACGAGAAGAAUUCGCUCCCGGUGAGGAGAGGGAAGGGGAGAGUGUUAGGGGCCAACGAGACCUCCCCGAGGAGAAGGGGACCCAAGGAGGCGUUGAUGACGGUGAAAAGAAAGCAAAGACUACUGAUAAUAUCAGAGUCACCGAGUCGAGUCCGACCGAAGUUGCGGAUAUCCAUGCGGAUCUGCAGAAGUUACACACGGCUUGGAAAGUGCGAGAUCGCGACAAGCAAGUUACUCCCACCCGACGUGCGACGAAGCGGACCGAAUCCGAAAUCCGGGAGUCCCGAGACGAUGUCGCAGAGCUGGUGUCCCGGAUUAGUGCCACAGGGGAGAGCAGCUACAGCGGCAUGAACUCCAGCAAAGCUGCACUGUCCCGGCUUGUCCGGCAGGACAGCGCACGAUGGAGUGAUCGGUUUUUCGAGGGAAGUUCGGACGGCGACGAGGAAGACGAAGAAGACGGGUUGGGUGAGGAGUUGAGGAAAGCGAAGUAUCGAGGGCAACUCGAUCGCAUGUUCAACAUUGACUUCGACAUCGACUCGGCCGAUGAGGGAAUGACCACGUCGAGGCUUGUGGAUGGGCCACUCACCGCCAGCCCGCAGGGUACGAAGCUGAGUAGGCCCAAAAAAGGAAAAGAAAGGGAGGACGAUAGAUCAUCAGCGUCUGGGGGCAAGGAUGGGCACAUCAUCAUCGAUCCACAAGCGCCCUUCUCUGCGGAGCCCGGUGAGCUGGAGCCUCUCUCACAUUCUUCGGCGGGCACAAGCACGUCGACACGCCAUGUCAACGAUGGGGAAGUCAAGCCGGAGGCACACCUGGAGCCUGAAUCGAUCCCUUCCAUGAGCACCAGUGCAGCAUUGGGCCUGUCGCUGGGCGAGAACGUCGAUGAGAGAUGGAAAAGGGAGACAAGGCCUGCAAACGUGGGAGAAGCUGGCGGUGACAAAUCCGGAGAACUGGCAGCAAAGGGACGGCCUCUUGUCUUGUUUGACCUCACCAACGAGAUCUCCAAGGUGCGUCCGUUGGAACCGGGCGAGUGCAUCGUUCUCACCCCCGUAACCCUCGCGGAGGGAUUUCGCGAGUUCCAAGAGCGGGUACGAGAUGCGACCAACAAAAAGACUCUGGCGUCGGUCAAGGAUGCUCUUAAAGAGACUAUCAAGAAAGUCGAACAGUGCGAGGGGGAAGUGGUCGCGGCGAGAGACACCGUGGGGAUAGCCGGGAGGAAGCGGAAACGCCGUGCAAUGGAUGCUGUUGACGAGCAGAUGGAAGUGGUCGUCGGGUUGAGGAAGCGGUUGAAGACGAAUCCACUGGAGGCUGAAGACGAUGUCUCUGAUACCGAGAACGGGGCCGAAUCUCAGGAAUCUGGAACUCUCCGUCGCCUGUGA